CCGACACUAAACAAAGUUCACAAUGGCCGCCGUUAUUGCCAAGUCCUCCGUCGCUGCCGCUGUGGCGCGCCCUGCCCAGCGCGGCAGCGUCCGCCCCAUUGCUGCCCUGAAGCCUGCCGUCAAGGCCGCCCCUGUGGCCGCCCCGGCUCAGGUCAACAAGAUGAUGGUCUGGACCCCUGUGAACAACAAGAUGUUCGAGACCUUCUCCUACCUGCCGCCCCUGACCGAUGAGCAGAUCGCUGCCCAGGUCGACUACAUCGUCGCCAACGGCUGGAUUCCCUGCCUGGAGUUCUCUGAGGCUGGCAAGGCUUACGUGUCCAACGAGUCCACCGUGCGCUUCGGCAACGUCUCUUGCCUGUACUACGACAACCGCUACUGGACGAUGUGGAAGCUGCCCAUGUUCGGAUGCCGCGACCCCAUGCAGGUGCUGCGUGAGGUUGUUGCCUGCACCAAGGCCUUCCCCGACGCCUACGUGCGCCUGGUGGCCUUCGACAACAUCAAGCAAGUGCAGUGCAUGAGCUUCCUGGUGCAGCGCCCCAAGAGCGCGCGGGACUGGCAGCCCGUGGCCAAGCGCUCCGUUGCCUAGAAAAGCUUUGAGGAAGAUGGCGCUCGUCUAAAGGGUUUCCGUUGAAGUUGUCCAUCCAGCAUCAGGAAGCUCGAUUGGGUUUGUGUUGACCUUGGGCCAGGAAAAGGAUCCUGGAUGACCCACGGGUCGUCGUAGGCGGAUUACCACGUGUUUACUUUCGACUCGUACCUCGCAGUGAUGUGGUGAAGUUUUCUUCGUUUGGGGCUUGUAUGCUGUAUGGCUUGUAUCGUGGGUAUUGUUGUAUAUAUACCCCUCAGCCCUUCGCCUCACCAUAUCAACAUUUUUUGAGAGUGUGAGCUCCGGCAAACGUUGAAUUUUGUCGGAUCAAGUGCACUAUUUUUGCUACGUCAUUGCGCAUGGAGUGGCGUGUGUUGCAAACCAUGUAUGCUUCGUGUGCUCGACAGCCUUAUUUAUUUCGAGACGUGCCCUUCGGCAUUUAUGCAUCAAUGCCGCACAAGGGCAAACUUAUGUAAUCUCCCACCGUGCUCAUACCCUGUCCCUCCGUUAACACUGGCACUGUGUGUGUAAGCCUAUGCAGCGCG